AUGGAGAUGCACAAGAGUGUCCCCAACCUGCUCGAGGUGAGGGACGUCAUCGUCCAGUUUGAGUAUGAGGGCGUCGCGCGGGUUUGCCGGCGCUGCUACAAGACUGGACACCAUGCGGCGAAGUGCACUGUGCCACAGUGUGUGCGCUGUGGGGCUUUUGGUCACGACCAGUGCGCGGUAAAAUGCAGGCACUGCGGCGGCGAUCAUGGCCCCUCACAGUGCAAGGCGCGGACGAAUUCGUCGGCCGCCCCGCCUGUAGCCUCUUCUUCUUCCCAGGAGCAGGUGAGCGGCGUUGCGGAGGAUCGGGAGGCUGCUCCGGGGGACGCCGAGGGCUCGACCCAGCCACAGCCGGAGCCCAUUAGCGAACGGGCUCCAGGAGGGGAAGAGCAGGAGGCGGGGUCGGAAUUAGCUGAGGCCCCCACCCUCUCUGCUGCCGCCGAGCCGUCGCCGGCCUCGCCUGCCGGUGCGCCCGGGACCAGCCCUGCUGACGCGCCUGCUUCCGAGGAGACACAGGAACCCAUGAGCUGGACGGACGCUGUUCGGGGCAAGAAGCGGCGCGCCAACCGAUCACCAGGGCCCUCCAAGGAGAGGCUGGCGGCGGCUCCGAGCGGCGGCCCCGGCAGCCCUAAGGACGACCUCCCGGUUCCGAAGCGAGCCGCAGCGACAGAGUCCGACGAGGAGUCCACCUCGUCGACUGUCACGGACGGUACCACGGGUGAGUUGAACAACAGUUCUUCUUGCCCUAACUGUGGACCAGGCAAUUGCGAGUGUUCGUUAAUGUCUAACACAGUGUACUCGUCCACGAACGAGGAUUCCCUCUCCGAGGGGGACUCUCGUUCGUAG